CUGACCGCGAAAUUUCGAACGGCUUCGAUGCUAGGCCUGAAUUUUUUUUCACCUCCUGUACAAAAGACAUUUACCGUUCCUCCCGACGCUCCUCACCCGUCAUCUCCAUCAAUUCCACCCGCCAUCCCAUCAGGCCGCCUGCCGUCUGCUUUAGUUGCAAUCCCUCCCAUUCCACUUAGAAAGAGGGCGUUGUUUUCUUUUUCUUAGAUCUUUCCAAAAUGAUGGCGGCACGGCUUUCGCGUGCUCUUCCCAGGGCCCCUUCACUUGCUUCCCGCUCGGCGGGUCUGCUCCGGAGAACCCCUGCGUUCGCGCGCUUUCAGUCUACAGAUGAGAAGGUCAAGGGCGCUGUCAUCGGCAUUGAUCUUGGUACAACCAACUCUGCUGUCGCCAUCAUGGAGGGCAAGGCUCCCAGAAUCAUUGAGAACUCCGAGGGUGCUCGGACAACACCCUCAGUGGUCGCGUUCGCUGAGGACGGCGAGCGGCUAGUCGGUGUCGCUGCCAAGCGCCAGGCCGUUGUCAAUCCGGAGAACACUUUCUUCGCCACCAAGCGGUUAAUUGGACGCAAGUUCACGGACCCCGAGGUGCAGCGCGAUAUCAAGGAGGUGCCCUACAAGAUCGCCCAGCAUACCAAUGGCGAUGCUUGGGUGGAGGCUCGCGGCCAGAAGUACUCGCCGUCGCAGAUUGGUGGUUUCAUCCUCAACAAGAUGAAGGAGACUGCCGAGGCCUACCUCAGCAAGCCCGUCAAGAACGCUGUCGUCACUGUCCCUGCCUACUUCAACGACUCGCAGCGCCAGGCCACCAAGGACGCUGGCCAGAUUGCCGGCCUCAAUGUCCUCCGUGUGGUGAACGAGCCCACCGCUGCUGCGCUGGCCUAUGGUCUGGAGAAGGAGGCUGACCGCGUCGUCGCCGUCUACGAUCUCGGUGGCGGUACCUUUGAUAUCUCCGUCCUCGAGAUUCAGAACGGCGUCUUCGAGGUCAAGUCGACCAACGGCGACACCCACCUUGGUGGCGAGGACUUCGACAUCCACCUUGUCCGCCACCUCGUCCAGCAGUUCAAGAAGGAGUCCGGCAUUGAUCUCUCGAACGACCGCAUGGCCAUCCAGAGAAUCCGCGAGGCUGCCGAGAAGGCCAAGAUUGAGCUGUCCUCGUCGCUCCAGACUGACAUCAAUCUUCCCUUCAUCACUGCCGACGCCUCCGGCCCCAAGCAUAUCAACCAGAAGCUCACUCGCGCUCAGCUCGAGGCUAUGGUUGACCCCCUCAUCAAGAAGACUGUCGAGCCCGUCCGUAAGGCGCUGAAGGACGCCAACCUCCAGGCCAAGGAUAUCCAGGAGGUUAUCCUUGUGGGCGGCAUGACGCGCAUGCCCAAGGUUGCCGAGUCCGUCAAGAGCAUCUUUGGCCGUGAACCCGCCAAGUCGGUCAACCCCGAUGAGGCUGUCGCGAUUGGUGCUGCCAUUCAGGGUGCUGUUCUCUCCGGUGAGGUCAAGGACCUUCUCCUCCUCGACGUCACCCCUCUUUCUCUCGGUAUCGAGACUCUUGGCGGUGUCUUCACCCGCCUGAUCAACCGCAACACGACCAUCCCUACCAAGAAGUCCCAGGUGUUCUCCACUGCGGCCGAUUUCCAGACCGCUGUCGAGAUCAAGGUCUACCAGGGUGAGCGCGAGCUCGUCAAGGACAACAAGCUGCUCGGCAACUUCCAGCUCGUCGGCAUCCCCCCGGCUCACCGCGGUGUCCCUCAGAUCGAGGUCACCUUCGACAUCGAUGCUGACUCGAUUGUCCACGUCCACGCCAAGGACAAGUCCACCAACAAGGACCAGUCUAUCACCAUUGCCUCGGGCUCCGGUCUUUCCGAGGCUGAGAUCCAGCGGAUGGUGGAGGACUCGGAGAAGUACGCCGAGCAGGACAAGGAGCGCAAGGCCGUCAUUGAGGCCGCCAACCGUGCCGACAGCGUCGUCAUCGACACUGAGAAGGCGCUCAACGAGUAUGCCGACAAACUCGACAAGACUGAGGCCGACCAGAUCCGCGACAAGAUCACGUCCCUGCGCGAGUUCGUCGCCAAGGCCCAGUCUGGCGAGCUCACCGCGACCGCCGCCGAGAUCAAGGAGAAGACGGACGAGCUCCAGGUUGCGAGCCUCAACCUCUUUGACAAGAUGCACAAGGCCCGUGCCGAGUCUGGCGAGGCGAGCCAGAGUGCUGAGGGCGCCGAGGGCGAGAAGAAGGACGAGAACAAGGCCUAAGCCGGAUGUUCUCGCACCAUUGAUGUUUAUACCCGCUCAUACUUUCUAUUUUCUUCUCCCAUGUGUCUGACUAGGUUGGAGCGGUGCCCUCCAGUGUAUAUUCUUGUACUCAUAGCUUGUCGGUGUGUCUUGUUGGAGGCUCAUGGGGCUUAUCCACGUGUUUAAUAUGCAGACGGCGGAUGGCGUUCUGA